CAAAGUCUGAAAAUAAAAAAAAAGGAACGCGCAUCUUGUUUUGCCCCUAAACGACACGGUCGGACAUACCCGCCUCCUAUUCUCCUGUUCUUGCGUCUUCCUCCUUCGUUUUCUUCCCCAGUCGCGUCUGCUUCCUUCACCUAGUUCCCGUCGCCGACGACCGCCUGAAACGACGCCGCCCAGCCGAUCGUCGAUGUCCCAGCAGCCUUGCAACCCCGUUUGUUUCGUCUCAGCAGCGAUUUCUGAUUUUCGAGUUGCGUUUUCUUCCCCGGUUCGAGUCUGCUUCCUUCGCAUAGUUCCCGUCGCCGAAGACCGCCUGAAACGACGCCGUCCAGCCGAUCGCCGAUGUCCCAGCAGCCUUGUAACCCCGUUUGUUUCGUCUCAGCAGCUUUCCCAGCAUUUUCUGUGCCCUAAAGUCCAAAAUCAGAAAUCGAUAACAGGCUGUGGUGAUGGUGGUAAAAUGUAGGAAUGGUGUUUGUGUGGGUGGUGUUCGGUGGUUCAGGAAAGAGUGAAGGGGGGUAAUGUUGGAUUUGGAUUAAUGGAUAUGGUGGCUGGAUAAUGGUUGAUGGUGGGUUGUUGUAUACAAUAUUUGCAUACAGGUUGACUUGUGGUUUUGAAAGGAUUAUAAAAGCAGUUGAAGAAACAAGUAUUGAACUAUUGACAUUUGGCUAGGAAAGAAGUAUGCAGUGUAGUGUGGGGGAUAUUGUGUAAUUGUAGGUAGAUGAUUUAUAUAGAUUCAUUAUAUUUGUUGAAUGAAAGUUGAGUUUUGAAAGGAUGUAUUCAUGUAUCAACUUCUGUUGUGAAAUGUGUUUAAAUGUUUUUUGUUUGGUUUGUUG